UCCGCGCAGCAGGACGUGAGCGCGCGACGCGGCGCCGCCUCCGCGCUCGUGGCCGGCACCCGCGGGGCCGCGUAGUCCCCGCUCCCCGGCGCCGCUAGGCUCCCGGGAGGGCGGCAGGUGCAGCGGGGCCGGGUGGCCGGCCAGGGGGGCACCGCAGCGGCGGGUGGAUGAGAGUUGGCCCCGAUCUCCCCGCAGGGGAACCCUCCCGUCAUGUCCAGGUGAGGCCGAGGAGUGCCGUGCUGAACAUGCUCAGGAGGCUGGAUAGGAUCAGGUUCAGAGGCCACAAGAGAGAGGACUUCCUUGACCUAGCCGAGUCCCCAAAUGCCUCGGACACCGAGUGUGGAGACGAGAUCCCUCUGAAGACACCACGGCCCUCACCCCGGGACAGUGAGGAGCUCAGGGACCCUGCUGGCCCAGGGACCCUCAUCAUGGCAGCAGGUGUCCAGGACUUUAGCAGGACAGAGUUCGAUCGGCUGAACGAGAUCAAGGGUCAUCUGGAAAUUGCCUUACUGGAAAAGCACUUUCUUCAGGAAGAGCUCCGGAAGCUUCGAGAAGAGACCAACUCAGAGAUGCUGCGGCAGGAGCUCGAUCGGGAGCGACAGCGCCGGAUGGAGCUGGAACAGAAAAUACAGGAGGUGCUGAAGGCCAGGUCAGAGGAGCAGCCGGCACAGCCUCAGCAGCCGCCGAAGGGACAGAGCCAGGCCAGCAAUGGCACAGGCACAGACCGCCGCAGUCAGGGACUGUCGUCCCGUAUACAGAAGUGGUUCUAUGAGAGGUUUGGGGAGUAUGUGGAGGAUUUCCGCUUCCAGCCAGAGGAGAACACAGUGGAGACGGAGGAGCCCCUCAGUGCCCGCAGGUUAACUGAAAACAUGAGAAGAUUGAAGCGUGGUGCCAAGCCGGUCACUAACUUUGUGAAGAACCUGUCUGCCUUAUCUGAUUGGUACUCCAUCUACACCUCUGCCAUCGCCUUCACCGUGUACAUGAAUGCUGUGUGGCAUGGCUGGGCCAUCCCCAUGUUCCUGUUCCUAGCAAUUUUGAGGUUGUCCCUCAAUUACCUCAUCGCCAGGGGCUGGCGGAUACAAUGGAGCAUCGUGCCAGAAGUGUCUGAAGCUGUGGAACCUGCCAAGGAAGAUCUGACCGUGUCUGAGAAGUUCCAGCUGGUACUGGACGUCGCCCAGAAAGCACAGAAUCUCUUUGGCAAGAUGGCAGACAUUCUGGAAAAGAUCAAGAACUUGUUCAUGUGGGUGCAACCCGAGAUCACGCAGAAACUGUAUGUUGCUCUGUGGGCCGCCUUCCUGGCUUCUUGCUUCUUCCCCUACCGCCUGGUGGGGCUCGCUGUUGGCCUCUAUGCUGGCAUCAAGUUUUUUCUAAUUGACUUCAUCUUCAAACGCUGCCCGAGACUUCGAGCCAAGUACGAUACGCCCUACAUCAUCUGGAAGAACCUCCCCACCGACCCCCAGCUCAAGGAGCGUGCCGGUGCCACCGUGUCCCGCAGGCUACAGACAACCUCAUCACGGAGCUACGUCUCCAGUGCUCCAGCUGGUCUGAGUAAGGAUGAAGAUGCUGGCCGCUUUCACAGCACCAAGAAGGGCAAUUUCCACGAAAUCUUUAACUUGACUGAAAACGAGCGCCCGCUAGCAGUGUGUGAGAAUGGUUGGCGUUGCUGCCUCAUAAACCGAGACCGGAAGAUGCCCACGGACUACAUCAGGAACGGGGUUCUGUAUGUGACAGAGAAUUAUCUGUGCUUCGAGAGCUCCAAGUCUGGGUCCUCCAAGAGAAACAAGGUGAUCAAGCUGAUGGACAUCACAGACAUCCAGAAGUAUAAAGUCUUGUCCGUCCUACCUGGCUCAGGCAUGGGAAUUGCUGUAUCAACACCAUCAACCCAGAAACCCCUGGUGUUUGGUGCCAUGGUGCACAGAGACGAAGCCUUUGAGACCAUUUUCGGCCAGUACAUGAAAAUCACGUCUGCAGCAGCCUCUGGUGGUGACAGCUAGUAUUGACUCUGAGGUGUUGCUGGAACCCUGGCUAAUCACUGGGUAGAGGAUCGGACGGGAUGUCCUCGUGAUCUUUGGCAAUAAUUCUCCUGGACUGUGGCUGGUUAUGGUGGUCUGGGUCCUGCAGACCCAAAGGGCUGGGACUCACCUGGAUGGUGCCGGGCCGGCCCGUGCUGAGCGCGUGAAGCACCUUCGUGGACACCUGUGGACACAGGUGGGCAGAGGAUCCUCUUAACCUGUUUGAAGGAUGGCACACAAGACACUCGUCCUCAGGCCCUGCUAAGCACAGCUCCUCACUCUCUGUCCUGGCCUGGGUACAGACCCAGCACCUGCCAUCCUGAGAGACUCCAUGAUCCCAUGACCCCUGUUCUCCAGAGGCUAGAGGCUUUUUUCCAUCAAAGCCAUAGCUGGGAGUGGUUAUGACCCCUUCUUGCCAGAAUGGUAAGACAGAGAGGAGUGGUGGGGAGGCCCCUCUCCAGUGAAGAAAUGGCCAGUCAUCUCUCGUGGCCCUCAGACCCUCCUUCCAUGUUGGACCUACUGUGGGCACUGCAAGACUGUAGGUAGGGCCUCUCUGGGCUUGGUGUUUGGGGUACCUCCUCCUCCAUUUUUGGUGUCUGGGCCUGGGCUGUCACUCAUCUGACCCAUCUUGGCUUGACACUCCAGCCAAGAGACCAGACCAGUAGUUGAUGGCCAGCGAGGUUCCAGAGUGGCGUGUUGGCAAAAGCACACCUUUUUAACACCUUGCUCUUCAGUAAGGUUUUGAGGGCGUUCUCCACUCCAGCUGCUGUUCAGUGAGCAUCAGUGGGAGUCUGGCUGGCGUUUGGCCUCCAGGCUGCAGCUGCUCUGAGUAAUGGGGUGGGUGGUUCAGGGAGCUGGGCUGAGGGGCUACCAGGGAGAGGGGAGGGCCCUGUGCCACAGGAGACAGCUGUGGGAAGAACCUAGGGGUCAGGGGCCGAGUUGCCCUGUACCUCUAACAUCUGACAGUAUUCCUUCCUUCCUACACGCUCUGCAAGGCCAGGCAGACCCCACCCUACCCACGCUUCCUGCCCCAACAAAGGUGGAGACUGCAGGGGUGGGUGAUCUUGCAGGCCUGGGCCUCUGAAGGGUGCAAUCACCACCCCACCUUUGCAUUUUCUGGGUGGAUCACUCUGGUUCCUUCAGCUUGUCCUGAGUCCUUCAGGUGUCACUGAGAUUGUUUUUUUGAAGAAACAGAAGAUUAUAUUUUUUACAGAGAGCAAGCUGUUUUUCUUAUUUUUGUAUCAUUUUUCAAAUGUAAUUUUUACCUUUGCGCCAAUCCUCAUUUGCUGGUGUGGGUGUGAGGCCUGGUGGCUUGGGCUCAUGACACCCCAUUUCCAGGGGCUUCAGGCCACACACUGGGGUUGGGAAAGGCUUGCCAGGCAGCCAGAUCAAGCACACAUACCACCCCAAUGCGCAACAAAGGCCACAUAGCUCCAGGUACAUGGAUGGAAUAGUCUAAACAUGGAGGCAGGACCCUCCUCCACCCAGAGCUGUGGCUUGGGGCCCUGUAAUAUUCUCAUGCUCUGAAGAGCAUGGAGUGCGAUAAGUGGGGGACCUGGUGGCAUCCCAACAUGCCAGAGGGGAGGAAGCGUGGCCUAUGACUUGUCACUGGAGGUGGCUGUAAGCUGAUACACACACAUGGAUGAAGCACACAUGGCGGUUAACGCUUUCUGGACCCUGGCAGUGCCCAGGUUGGUGAAUACUGUCACUGGGGUGCCACAUAGAGGCCUUGAAUAGGCUUUUAGGGUGGACCAAGCGGUUUAGUUUGAGUCUCUUUCUCUUGGAAAGAGAGAUGAAGACUGGCCCAUGGUGGACAGGGCUGGGCCAGGGGCCUGUGCAGGCCCUAGGCUGUUAGACACACUGGGGUUUAUACUGGAUUGUGUGGUCUGAGCAGGUAUUUAAUUUCUGACUAAUCACUGACCUAGAAUGUUCAAUUUUGUAUGUCUGAAGCUUGAGUCUGUUUUGGAUCUGUACAUAAUUGUUAUUGGUGUAACUUUUGUUCUACGAAAGGAUCAUAUUCUAUAAAGAACUGGCAGGAAAAAAAAUCCUCUCACUUUUUUUUAAAGAAAAAUCUUGUUUAGAUACAAAGUCUUGUAUAAAUUAUAAUUUUUAUUUAAUAAACCCAAAAUGCUCUAA